AUGACAGCAUCAUUCUUACCAGAGCAGGAAGAAGACGCCGGUCGUUGUGCCUUAUUUUUUGAACGGUUUAUAGAUGCACCACCAGAUCAUCGUAAAGGAUGGAUACAAUGGACUUUCUCCAACAGGUGGUUGAGGCUUGUUGCCUAUGGAAUCGUCACAAUGAGUUGUUGCGCUAUUUACUUUGGCUGGCAGCAAUUUCAAAAGAUUCUUUUUCAAGGGGGGACUUACGCUUGGCUGUGCACAGAGCAGGAUCCAAAUUGGUCAUAUGAGGUGAACGGAGCUUGCGCUGCUCAAAAUGCCAAGGCUCAGAUGCUUUAUACAAUUGCAUCAGCUAUGGAGUAUGUUGUUGGUGUGAGUGAUAAAAACAUGAUUUUCCCAUUUUUAACUUCUCACCUGCAGGCUGCAGCAGGGGUUGCUCUUGAUCAUUUGGGGCCUCGUCUAUGUGGAUUGACCGGAUUAGCGGUUUUAUUCCUUGGAGUUGUUCUCUUGAUAUUUGCUUCUCAAAGUUUUCAAGUUUAUAUCGUUUCGAUGAUUUUACUGGGUGGCUCUGUGAGAUUGCAGUUUUUGUCUCGACGAGAGUCUUUAUAUUCCCUUGUUUCGCAGGUUAAUCUUAUUGCUUUCCCUGCAGUACUUGCGGGUGAUUUCUUUCCUUCGCAUCAAGCGCUAGUUAUUGCCUUUAUUGUCGCGUGCCAGAUUGGCUGUGCGGCCAUUGCAAUUGUAUUAUUGGAGAUUUGGAGAGCUAAUCCGUCACUGUCCAUGCAUCAUUUAUUUUGGGGAUAUCUGGGCGUCGUUUGGUUGCCGUGUUGCGUUUUGUACUUCUUCUUUCUUCCUUGUCGUCGGCGUGUCCUCCGAUCGAGUCCAACAGAUUUGCCCCGAUCUUCAACGGAUGCAUCGGACCGCAAUGUUCUAGGAGAUGGAGAUUGCGAGCAAGCGACUGGACUAUCAAAGAGACGAACAAAAUCGAACCACCACGAAAAAAUUGAACAGGAAGCAGAACAGACUGUCGUGUUAAAUGGAGACUGGAGAAGUUUCUUCAAGGAGUUACUGACGUGGGAUGUGGAAAUCUUCGGAAUGUAUUAUGUAUCGCAAUUGUUACAAUUCGUCUAUUAUCCAACGACGACACUUCAAAUGUUUGGCCAAUGGAUGAGCGAUUUUGCGGGUAACUCACCCUCAGUCGUCAACUAUGCUCCCCUUGUCUCUUUCCAGGUUACAUCAUGCCCACUCAAGUUAUUUGGGGAAUUCUUUCCGGGUACUUGGUGGAUCGUGUGGGGACGCUGCCGUUAUGCUACACCAUGA